AUGGUUGUUGAUGAACAAUUGAUACGAGACAAGAGCAAACUAGCUGUACUAUAUUUCAAAUCAGGUGACUAUGCUAAAGCAUUAAGCAUCUACGACAAGCUAAUAUACAAUGUUAGGCAACUUCCAGCACAUGCCAUCAAAGCAAUACGACUUCAGUAUGGGUUAAAAGAGGUGCCAGAUGUUGGGAAACUAAUACAUCCUAAAUUAACAACAUACUUCGAUCAAAGAGCAGCUACAUUGGAGAAACUUGGCAGAUUUGACUCGGCUUUGCGAGAUUCUAAAAGACUGAUUGACUUGGAUCCUGCUGAUUAUAAAGGGUAUUUAAGAAUCGGGAAAUUGCAUGUAAUGAAUGGUGCCAAGUAUGAAGCUUACAAAGCUUUCCAGCGAGGUCUUUAUGUCAUUGAUAGUUUGAUCAAAAAAUGCAUGCAUACACCAAAUACACAGUUGUAUGAGAGAUUGAAAUGUCAGUAUAGAUCAUUGAAUCAAGAGUUGAAAGCUGAGAGGAAAAUAUCCGACAAUGAAAGCUCCAGGGGAAGCUCUAGUUUUGGUAGGAGUGAAUCACAGAGCACAUCUCAGAGCUUAAUAAAGAGAAGAAAAGUGGAUAAGAAUAUUGAUCCAAUAAAGUACCUUCCAUUGGAGUGCUUAAAACUAGUGUUUCAAAUGUUGCCACCAAGGGCCACUUUCAGAUGUUUGUUGGUCUCAAAAUCAUGGUACAACAUGCUUGUCCAGUUAAAUUUGUUCCAGUUUGAUUGUAAACCAGUCAUCACGUUGGACGAGUUCAUCCUUGGUGUCAAAUUCUUCAAAAAGAGUGCAGCAUAUACCUACUCCAAACAAAUAAAGAAACUCAAAAUCAAUCAAGUUUACAACAAAAAGCUACUGCAUGUGUUGGCAGUAAUGAUCAAGGAGCCGCAAUUUCCGCUACGAUCGUUGGAAGUAAUGGACCCAACAAUGAACUUACAACUCAUUUGUGCCAUACUAGCCAAGAACUCAUGGAGACUAAACAACUUUCAUCAUUUGCAAUCAUUGUCAUUAGGCAUAAAUUGUAGUAUCAAGUAUCCUCAAAUAUUGCUAAACAUGUUUCCACAAUUGAAAAAUUUGCAAAUCUCCAUCUUAAUAGCUGACAAGAGCGCAAUGAGUAUGGUACCAUUACAGGAUAAAAUGUUUAAAAAGUUUAAGCAAAUGAAGCUCGAGUCGUAUACAUUGGAAACAUUGUUUUUGGCUAAUCAUGUAAAGCUACUUACGAAUGAGUCAAUGAGUGUAUCAGCCAUUACGUACAGUCCAUUCCCUGUUUUGCUUGAUUAUUAUUUCCCCAACUUGAGUGAGCUUACCAUGUGCUCAUUCAAUUUUGGCAAUCAUUUGCCUACAUUUGGUGAAUUUUUAGCCCAGCAUCACAACUUGACUAAAAUUUACCUUGAGAAUAAUCCCGGGUUGAAUUUGCUCAUCAUUCUACAAAUCUUGUUAAACUAUAGACCAAGUUUCAAAUUGAUUCAUUUCACGUUUAGAGAAUAUGGAGUUUGUUCAACAAUGUCAUUACAAGAAGUUUACUUUCCCUUGAUUACUCAAUUGUCUCAAUUGGAGCUGCUAGAUCUAUACAAGACUUCUGUGUCAGUGACAGGUUUCGAAAAACUCUUGGGUAGAUGUGGCAAAUCGCUCAAGAAUUUGAAUAUAGGAUGCCCUACUUAUUUAUCAUUUCAUAUUCAUGGCAGGAAACAGCUUGAUCUAUCCAAACUCCUCACAAUGUGCCCCAACUUGCAGCAUCUAGCAUUGCCAGAUAUGAAUAUUGAUACUGUAUCAAUGUUGAAUAUAACGAAACAAAUUCAAUCAAUACCGCUCCAACUGAUUAAUUUACAAUCUUUGGAUCUUAGUUUCAACCAAUUUGAUGGAGUAGAUUUGAUGCGAUUUCUCAGCACUGGCGUACGGUUAGAGAAGUUGGAUUUAAACGGAUUAAACAUCUCCGAAGAUACUCUUCGUUAUGUCAAACGAAAGGAGAUUGUUCAAAAUAUCUUGUUUGAUCAGAGACGUACCAAAUGGAGAGUUUAUGGAGUCAAUACCUGGGUACAACAAUAG